AUAAAAAAACAAUUAAGGAAUUGUGCGAAUUACAUGAAAAAGAAAUGUCCAAAGGAAGUUAUGAUUCUGAAUUUAUUAAUUCAAUAGAAGAAUAUUUAGAAAGAAAUCAAUUAAAACCAAAGGAUCUAAUUAAUUUGUGUUUAAAUAAUCAAUCAAAUUCUAUACUUUUAACUAUUAUCGCAC